CCUCCUCGUGCUCCUCCUCCUCCUCGUGCUGCUGCUUCACAACUGGAACCGCAAGAAUCUGACGAGGCCGCUCUCAUUGUGCUCUUUGCCAGUCGCGAACAGCAACUUGGUAGCAGCAGCAGCGCUCUGUGGAGGGGAUCUGUCUCUUCCGUGUGUGGGAGGAGCGGUGGCGCAGCGGUUAGCGCACCGCGAUUCGUCAGUGGUAGGUAACUGAACACCGUCCGAGGCCCUUCGCUUUGGUCGACUCUGCCGUCAGCGAGUUCCUGCACGGUUGGCUGUGUACGUUGCGAAAGAAGUUCAACGUAACGCACAUCUGCCACGGCCACAAGCUCAAACGCAGACACGUCCUGCCGAUCCAAAAUGAGAGUGAAAGCCAUCAGCAACGUCUUGUGAACAGUUCCUUUGUCCUACACGACUCGCUUUCACCCCGGCUGCUGGAACCCACAUCAUCACCAGCUCCAUCACUCGCGGCGGCGGCGGCGGCUGCGGGAGGAGAGGAGGGAGUGUCACCCGGCCAGAGGAUGGGAGCCGCUCGCCUCUACGCGCUUCUCUCCGCCGUCUCGCUGCUGGGCGCCAGCUACUACCUGUACCUGCCUCUCCCCGACUCCGUGGCCGAGCCGCACAAGCUGAUGGUGCUGGACGCCGUGUUCCGCACCGCUCAGCACGUGGGCACGCUGACCGAGCGGCUGGGGCUGUGCGACCAGGUCACCUUCCUGCAGACGAUCAUCUCGCGCGUGGCGCGUGUGCCCGCGCACUCCGACGCCGCGGUGUUGGUGCGCGACGCCGAGCUGGGCGGCGUGCGCGUGCGCGCGUUCACGUCCACGCGCGGCGGCGACAGCGGCGGCGGCGGCGGGGGCCCCCCCAAGCGCGCCGUGGUCUACCUGCACGGGGGAGGGUGGGCGCUCAGCGGGGCGCAGGAGAGGGGCUAUGACUCCCAGUGCCGCGAGAUGGCGAGCAGCCUGGACGCCGUCGUCAUCUCGGUCGAUUACCGCCUGGUGCCGCAGCACCGCUUCCCCGUGCCGCUGGAGGACUGCCUGCGCGCCGCGCGGCACUUCCUGCGGCACGACACGCUGGCGGCCUUCUCCGUGGACCCCGCGCGCGUCGCCAUCUCGGGGGACAGCGCCGGCGGGAACCUCGCAGUGGCCGUGGCUCUGCAGCUGGCGCGGGAGCCAGAGGAAGGCUCGGCGAGCCUCAAGCUUCAGGCGCUCAUCUACCCGGUGCUGCAGGCUCUCGACUUCCAGACGCCGUCGUACCGAGAGAGCGCUCACGUCCCCAUCCUCUACGGGCGCACCAUGGUGCGCUUCUGGCUCCAGUACCUGGGCGGGGACGUGGCGCUGACGGACGUGCUGCUGGAGAACGCGCACUCGCGCCACGUGCUGCUCGACCCCAGCGGCCCCGGCGCCUUCGUCGACUGGCGCUCGCUGCUGCCGCCUCCCCUCCUCCAGCCGGGGCCCCCCGUGGGCUCCCCCGUGGGCCCCCCCGUGGGCCCCCCCGUGGGCCCCCCCGUGGGCCCCGCGCGCCCGGACAUCCUGGCCCAGAUCCCGGCGCUGCUCGAUCCCAGGGCCUCGCCACUCCUGGCCGACGACGAUUGGCUGCGCGCGCUGCCGCUCACCUACGUGCUGACGUGCGAGCACGACGUUCUGCGCGACGACGGCGCCAUGCUGGUGGCGCGUCUGGGCGCGCUGGGGGUCCCCGUGCACCGCGCCCACCUGGGCGACGCCUUCCACGGGGUCAUGCAGUUCAUGCAGCAGCCGCUGGCGUUCGCCGUCGGGCGGAGGGCGCUCGACGGCUACCUGGCCUGGCUCGAUGCUAACCUGUGACCCUUGACCCUGCCGGCUGCCCGUCGCGCCGGCGCCGGGGGUGGCGGUGGCCGCGGCGGCGGUGGCGCGAAGCGUGAGCGAGUAAGCCGACGUUUAGGGACCCCAAGCAAGUCGAGGGCGGCUCCCAGUAUUCGUGAGAGGCGUCCGCCAAAUAUCAUCUGGAGCUCUCACCGUCUCUCAGAGCCCACCCCAGCCUAACAGCCCGAUCUCUUAACUCCUGACGCUUACCAUUGCCCUACAUGAGCUCAAUUAUGAAAUGUUCAUUAUAAAUAUUCCAUUAACGUAAUUGUUUCGCACAGCUGCUGCAAUUGAACGAAUUGGGUUUGGCCUUUAUUUCUUGUUGUUGGUCGAUUUUGCCUAUUCCUGCGCGCGAUGGCGACAGCGGCAAUGUGGUUCAGGAGCUCGAUGUUAACCAAUGUCGAGGUCUGCUACCGCUGUUGCUGGCCACGACGAGAGGGCCUCAGGGGAGAGAGGGCUCGUGUAGGUUUGCUGUUCUUCCUCCUCCUCUGUUGAGUGCAGACUACAGUGGUUUUUACUGUGUGGUCCAUAGGGACAUUGGUCAUUUGAAUUUCUGCUUACGUCCCCCAAUGGAGUAGCACCACCACUACCCCCCUACUGCCCCCCGCAUCACUACCCCGCCCCCACCAUUGCCCCCUCCCCUGCCUCCUCCCCUCACUUCUGUUUGCGUUUGUUCACUCGCCUGCACCACCGCGCCACAAGAGAGCCGCGUUAGCAGUCCUCUCUCGGGACAUUCCCCAAAUGGCAGUGUUUGGAGCGCACGGCGGGACAUGUAGAAGUCGCUGGAUUAACGGGCCCUCUCUCUCUCUCAGGGUAUAAAGCUAUUCUGAGGAUGCCUGGUGGCUCGGAGGUCAGAGCACUGAGCCGGUACAACUGAGAUCCUGGGUUCUAGUUUCGAGGUUUUAGCCGCCUUGGGAUUAAACUUGAUUAGUAGUUGGUGUUUUCAGGCCGGUAAAUCAAUGACAUCACAAAACCUUGGCAUUAAGUUAUAUCACGUGCUGAAUUUGCCAGUAAAAAAAUUGGCUUACCUCACGCGACAAACAUUAACCGCACGAAUGGGAAGGACUGCCCUAUUCCACUGUGUGGGCAGAAGUGAUCUCUUCGGUAGCCCUGUGAUCUUCUCUUCUGUGGACCGUUCUCUUAACACGAAGGGUUGCACUGCUCUGCUAGAGAUCCGAUAUCUUCACCUUAUUACAUGUCGCCGAUAGCAGAAUCAGGAUAACAUUUGAGGAAAAGUUUUUUUUAAGUUUAAAAAAAUAUAUACCAUUAUUUAAAGAAAUGUUACAUCCUGAGUGCAUCUGUUGAUUGCUAAACACGUGCUACAUCGUGUAUGCAGAGAGCACCAAUUCAAAUAUAGAUCAUGCAAAUCACCAAUAUCGCGAUAUGACUCACCUAGACUGCGUUGAGCAAUCAGGCAUGGAUCGCGUAAUCACUUGACGGUUUAUUCGGAGGAGAUUGGUGAAUCCGGAAAGACGUCUAUCCCGGUGGGUCGUAAGGACCGGCGCUCGGGAAUCUCGCGUCUACUCGGUCGCUGCUCCGCCAAACUAUUUCACGAAACUGCGUGCGCUCGAGGCAACGUGCACACAAAUGCAUGCACGCGAUUUUCGGGUUGUGCCCAGUGUUGUUUUGUCGGUCGGUACGAUGUCUGCUGUUAGAAUUUUUUUAAACGUGAAUGAAAAAGACAUUCAGUCACUGACGAAGCUGCCGGCGUAGCCACGCGCGGCAUUCAGCGAUGGCGACGCGACUGGAGAGCCACGCAGCUCCGCCGUGAAAUCCUACGCAGCAGCGGCAAGCGUGCGCCGCUGCAGUGUCUUCCUGGCCUCGGAAGCCCGGUAGGUUGACACGCACGCGGUCUAUGGUAUUACGCGCCUCGCUGUGUGUCGUUUGGGGUUCGUGACACUGGGGGAGAGAGGUGUUAACUCGACGCUCUGGAUAAGGUUACUCCGUUGUGCCUGACCACUGCACCUGUGCACGCUUUGGCAUUUUCAAAUUCAGCCGUGGCGUCGCCACGCUCCACGAUGGUGUCGAGCACAGCCUGCUGUGAACGCAGUCUGGUGACCGCACAGAGAGUGAAAAAGGAGCCCCUUUUUUGUCUUGUACACGUGACAACUUACGUGACCCAAAAUGUCGCUCAGGAAUCCAAGCGAAACAUUCGUGAGACUUCACCAACGUGUAAACGACGACCACCCCCGGUUGGCGCUGCUUCGUGAGUUUGUGACACCGCAGGCGCUGUUUGCGUCCGAACUUUCACACCGCGGUGUUUGCGUUAAACGCGUCGAUGUCACGAGAGGUGACCGCGAGAUUGAGGCUGCCCCGCGGGGGGGAGCACGUGCGGGCGCUUAGUCCCCCGUCUGCACUGUGCCCGGGCGUCCGUCCGGGCAUCGUCAUCUCAGUUCCCACACUCCAGGACUCGAGGACCAUGCGCUGCCGACGCAUGCACCCACACCAGCUCAGGCGGCACAAGCGUUCUGAGCGAGACUUGAGAGAGUGCAAUUAUUUGAAUGGCAAUGCAAAUGCUCGUGACUCUCCGUAGCACGGCAAUUAAAAGUGACCACUGGA